AUGAUUUUGUCGAAAUCUGAAUGCAAUUAUUGGAAUCAUUGCAUCGAUAACGCCGAAGAAUGUUGCAAGCUACAAAAAGAGAGCGAGGCAUUGGAGCUGAAGCGGAAUGAAACGAACCCAGACAGAAGUACAUGCAACCACACCUGGGACGGUUUUAGUUGCUGGAAAAGAACCCCAGCUGGCAAAUCUGUCACUAAAAAAUGCCCAGCUUAUGUUUCAUUUCCUGAUGACAACGAUGGGCUUUAUGUAACGAAUCAUUGUCGUGGCAAUGGUACAUGGAAUACACAUCCCCAAACAAACGAACAAUGGACUGAUUACUCACCUUGCUUCCUUGGUAAAUUUAAGGAAGCUAAAACCAUUCAUCUGGUGUCUAUCUAUGUAAAUGCGGCAUCUGUCCUAAUGCUUGGUCCGUCUAUUGGAAUUUUCAUGGGUUUCAAAUUUUUACGGAGAGAAAUGACAAUCCGAAUUCACACCAGUUUUUUUGCUUCACUGUUUUUCGCCAGUUUGAUGCGCGUCUUCUUCACUUCGCUCGUCGUCUACCAAUAUUUGAUCAAAUCCGGAAGUCGCUUGCUAAUGGAGGAAAACAAGAUUGAAUGUUUAGCCUUGUAUCUCAUCCAUCGAUAUUUUCAAUGCACAACUUAUUUUUGGAUGUUCUGCGAAGCAUUCCAUCUUCACCAACUCAUGGUGAAUUCUUUCCGGCCACCAAGACGUACCUACGUGUAUCACGCAUUUGCUUGGAGUUUUCCAUUUUUCAUCCUGAUGAUAUACGCCAUCCUCCGAGGAAAAUUUAUGGAAAGAGAAAACGACACAGAUAAGCAAUACAGCCUGAUAAGUGAUUGUUGGAUAAAAAAUGCCGGCAAUAUAGAAUGGGUCGUUUACGUGCCACUUCUCAUCUGCAUCUUCCUGAAUGUGGUCUUUCUUUGUCAUAUCAUCCGUCGACUCCUCGGCUUACAAACCCAACCUAACGAGCCAAACAGCUUCAGGCGAUCCGUCAAAGCCAUCUUCCUGUUGUUCCCGUUAUUUGGAAUUCAGCUACUGGCUAUUACCAACCGCGUUCCAUUGACAAGUGUAAAUUAUUUCUGGUUUAACAUUGUCUCUGAAAUAGUCAUUGGUAGCAAGGGAAUCAUAGUUGCUACACUGUUUUGCUACAUGAACGGAGAGGUAAGUUGCCGAAAAAUAUCGUUUAUUGUUGUCUGUUCUAUUUGUGGGUGUAUGUCUAUGCGAAAAAUCCAGUCAAACGUAACGGAAAACAAGAUAAACAAAUCAGUAUUAUUCCUUUGA